GAUCCGUGGGCGACUCUGUGAGCACUUAUUAUGGUGACGAAAACUUUCCAGUCGUUUUAUUGGGUUACGAACUUGGCAUUUUUGUCUGAGAUUUUCUUCUCUGGUGAAACGAAGAAAACUUCACAUCUUAUUCGAACGGCAGUGAAGUUCAGCGAUCGAAUUGGCGCGGUCUCCCCCGACAACGGCAGUUAAAUGAACCGUCGAAAUUGACAUUAUUGAUGGCGCAGAUAUUGGGACACUUUUUAUUCUAAGCUUAAUUUGUCAAUUGCUCGCUGUAAUUGCUGCUUCGUCCCCCUGGAUUAGUUGAAAAAACACUGUAAGGGGCCGCGAGAAAAUGCUUCGUCUGUGACGAAAAGACUGGUACUUCAUUGUCUGAAUAACAAGACCCAUGUGAGUUCACGCGCCCUACAGAUAUUAUCGAGAGAGGUAAAUCCAUCAUUUAGAUUGGUUUUUGUGGCAGACCAGUAUUGCACCGUUAACGGGGUUUAUAUAUCAACGAUUAGUCCAGGAUGUAUUCUUUUAACUCCGAACUGAACCAUUCUCCGAAGCUGAGCCCUUCCUCGAGCGAAUCUUCGCUGGGUGGCUCGCCUUCACCCAACACGAACUCGAAGGCUCAUGCGGAUAUGGGCGAAAAAACAAUGGCUGAAUUGCAACAAGAGAACGCUCGAUUGAGGAAGGAAAUUGAUGCCAAGGAAACAAAAUUAAACUCCAGUAUGAGAAGUAUCAAAAUGUUUUGGAGUCCAGAACUGAAAAAAGAGAGAGCAGCGAGGAAAGCCGAGGAAGAAAAAUAUUCUCGACUAAGAGAGCAGCUCAACGUUGUUUCUGAAGAAUCACAGAAAAAAGCUGAAACAAUUCGAGAUCUGCAGGAACGGUUACAGCAACAGCAAGAACAAACAGAUCGCCUUUCAACUGGUCGGCGGUCCCUUUCAUCCUCAUCACAUUCAGUACAUUCACAGGAUGGAAUUCAGCGCGAGUUAGAACUUUUAAGAGGUGAAAAAGAUCGACAGGACAAUGAGACAUUUAUACUGCAAAGAUCAUUGGAGGAAUUGAGCUCCAGACUUGAAGCUCAACAGCAAGCAAUACAGGCUAAGGAUGAAACUAUAACUCAGUUAAUGGAAAUGAUACAAAGCAAUAAAGGACUUGAAUCCAAGCAGCUUGAGAUGCACAAAGAACAGCACAAUGCUGACAAAAAGAAGCUUGCAGAAGCUCUCAAUCAACUUGUUAAAUUAAGAGAAGAAAUUGAUGAAAGGGAUAGAGCAAUUUCAUCCUUGCGAGAGGAAAUUGAUAAUGUUAAAAUCAACAAUGUAAAUGAUGAACUAAAACAAUCUGCAAACCUGUUGGCUAAGGAUAGCCACAUUGCCGCACUGGAGACACAAAUAAGUCAGCUGGAAGCAGAGAUGGAAAAUCUCAAAAAGAAUGCUUCAGAAGAUGAUAAGAAGAGAGAGGAAGAUAGGAAGCAAUCUGAAGUUUAUGAAAGCCACUCAAAAUUCAUGAAAUGCAAGAUUGAAUCACUUAAAGUGGAUCUAGGUAAGAAGGAUGCAGAACUAGUAGCAGCAGAAACCAAACUGGAAACACUGAAAGCUCAUCAGGCCAACCAACAAGAACACAUUUCUGUGUUACAAACCUCUUUGUCAGCCAAAGAACAUCAUAUCAAGAAUCUACAGAGUGAGCUGGAGUCUUUACGUGGUCGACUGGAUGACAGAGAAGAGCUGUUAAGAAUGAAGGAGAAGAAACUGUUGUCAGUGUCUACAGAACAUUCAGAGAAUUACUAUGCUGUAGAGAACCUUCAGAGUGUACUGAAUACUAAAGAAAGACAGAUAAACAGUCUCAAACAAAAGUGCGAAUGUCUCGAGAGAGAUCUACACGAGAAAGAUUCCACCGUCGUAAGUGUGAAAUCUCAAUUGUCUUCCAUGAAGGCUGAGUUUUCGGGGUCAUCCACUACCAUCGCCAAUUUGGAAGCGACUAUCCGCGAGAAGGAUAGGCGAAUAGAGAUACUACAGAGUCAAAGGCAGCGCAGCGGCGCUGAAAACGAGGAGGAGGUGAACCGAGUCAAAAGAUCACAAGAAAAACUGGAAGCGAGGGUCGCAUCUCUGAGGGAACAACUCACAGAAAAAGACGAGGAUGUUGCUAGCUUGGAGAAACAGGUUUCGUCUCUGAAGACAUCGCUACAAGAAAAAAACACCAAACUGUUAUCCUCUCAAGAGAGAAUUAAACAUUUGGAAGAGAAGAUAGACGAGAAAAUCAGCAAAACGGAUCAAGUGACGUCGGAUCUGAGCAGUAGAAAACUUGAAAUCUCUAUAUUGGAAAAAGAUCUCAGAAAACAACAAAUCGAACUCAAGAGCAGAGAGAGCAAAAUGAAGAAAUUACAAGAAGAACUGAAAGAACAGAACGCAAAAGUGAAGGAGUUGUCGGAUGAUUGUGAAGUGAAAGACCUUAAAAUAACUGAACUGGAAAAGCAGCUUAAAGAACAGAGCAAGAAGUUGAUCGGUGUGAAGAGAAAUCAGCAGCUUGAAAGGGAAAAACAAGCCGAGCUGUUGAAUGAGGUCAAGAAAAAAGAGGAUCAGAAAGGCGAGACAGCUGAAUUCUUCCAGAGCGAGCUGCAGAAAAAGGACGAGCGAAUUGCGGUCUUGGAAGAAGCCCUCACUGAAAGCGUGUCCAUUGCUGCUGAACGCGAAGAACUGCUGGCUCAGCAGGCUCAGAACGCCGAGACAGCGACACAUCGUGUGGAAGAAAUGGAGUCAGAAGUGGAAAGAGUUCGAAUGGAGACCGCUGUAACGAACACGAAGAACGCGUCCCUGGUUCUCGCUUUGAACGAGAAUGACAUCAUCCUGUCUUACUACAAAACUGAAAGGCAUGGGAUGAUAGAACAGCUACUAGAAAUGAGGCAAAAUGCUUUACUUGCCACCAUCUCUGAAAAAGAUGCUAACAUCGCGCUGCUGGAGUUAUCUCCCACAGCUGGCAGUGACGCCGAGGUGCGAAAAUUUAAAGCGGAAAAAGACAAGUUGGUGAACGAGCUCAAAGAACAGACUCAAAAGCGAAUGACGCUUUUGUCCAACGAAGAUAACAAAGAAAUUUCUCUUUCGUCCGAACUCGCGCAAGCCUCUACGGAAAAGAUAGUGGAAGUUGUGUCGCUGAUGGAGGACAGUAUGGACAAACUUCAACAAUACGGAGACGAACUGGGUGAAAUCUGUGAGAAACACUUCCCUGAUAUCAAAAGAAAGAUUCCCAAAACAAAACGACGACAAAUGAGCGGUAUAGACAAGCUUAAAAAUGCCAGUCAAAAGGAGUUGUUAUCCACACUGCAGACGUUGGAAAGCGACAUGCAGACCUUACAGGACAAUAUACACAAGCUUCUAGAUCUGAUCGAGGAUUUCAGCUAUACGUGACUUCUAAGCGUAAUCUUCUUACAUCAAGCUAAAGAAACUAAGGUUUUGCAACAUGUUGUUUUACGCGCCUUAUAUGGUGGACCUUCUACGCACUUGACCACUUUUAACAGAUGAUAAGUGCAUUUAGACUUAGUGCAAAGAGUACGGGCCUUUGCCUCAUUGAAGUUGUUGUCUAAAAGGCUUUAGAAAUUUCUAGGUGGUGUAGUGAGCGUGCGAGUAUGAUUUUAAUCCCUUCAAUCAAAACCUUUAAUUACGAAAGAAAAAAAAACUCUCGAAGAUAAAGUCAUUGGAAAAUGUCCCCCAUGGAGAUGCUUGUUUCCGGUGCAUAUUUUAUUAGAUACGUUGCUUGUCCUUCAGAAGUCCGCCGAACAAUCAUCCAUCAUCUAUCGCCCCUUUAUGUGAUUAACACCCACAGUACCCUCGGGUGCAUAGCUGAAUGGAAAGUACUUCACAAAACACGUCAGAUAUUUAAUCGUAUGUAAUUGACGGAAAUUUUCCGCCAUCAGCUUUUUUUACAACUUUUCACCCACUAAUCGAAAAGAAAACCUUACCGACGCUACCCACUAAUUGGUUGAAUUAAGUUCACAGUCAAGGUAACCCAAGAUUCCUGACAUAUUUUUAAGAACAAAGUAGGGCUCGGCGCACGGUUUUGUUUUGUUUUGUUUUUUUUUGUUUGUUUUUUCUUUGUGUGCUGAAUUUCUUAACUCUAUGGUUUGUUUUCCUUUGUUUAUCCAGUGUUCAUAAUAGCUAAUCUUGGUCUAGACAAUUCCAAUUUUAGAUUUACUGCUAAUAUUAACUUGAUCAGCUUAGGUGUUCUUUUCUUUGAGAUUGGAAAGGAUAAAAAAAAAAACCUCUAAAGCCACGUUACUUUGAGUUGAUUCCACUACGGUUUGCCAAGUUGAGUCCAAUCUGUUUUUGAACGCAGUCUAGCUGACGAAGAGUACUUACUUAGUUAUAUUGCAAACUGAACCAACACCCUUACUCAACUCUUUAUUUCUCACAAUAUCGACCAACAUUUAACUUCCCCUAACAUUGUUAAUACAUUAUCCAACAACAUGCGAUGAGAAUUGACAUGUUUAAAAAACUGUUUAACCAGACGGGGCCUUCUUGAUACAACACCAAAUUCUCCUAACUAAUUUUUUUAGAAAGAAUAUGGCCGCUGUUAAGGAGAUUUGCCGAUCAAAUCUUGGGAAUCGCGUGGUUAACGUGUCUUCUUAGAGUCGUGGAUUAUUCAUAACUGCGCGAUUAUUUGUUAGUUGUAACUUACAACGCGUUUUGCCUCUAGAAUAGUGCAACAGCGCUUUAAAAUGUUCUUGACCCUUCUACUCAAACCUUAAAUCCAUUAUUUCUGUAAUGCUCGAUUAAAUUUCUCAGUUUCUGCUUGCACAAUGUACCAAAACGCACCGAGCCCUUGAAAGGAAUGCCAUUGCUUUUGGCGUUUUCGCGUGAUUUCAAGUCCACCCUUGAAGAACAAAGACCAGAACUCGAGUGAAUAAUUUUUCAGGAAAGAAUCUUGUUAUGACGUCAACCAAUCAAAGUCCAAUGUCGCCAGCUUAUAAAUCCUGCCUAUCCUGUUUGGGUUGGCCUACCCUGAAAGUUUUUCUUCGUCAAAAUUUUGUACGUCAAUUAACCAAGUGUUGGCCGUCAGUAACCCUGUAGGGAAGGAUAAGCGCGUCAAUUCGGUGUUUCUGGAGAGAAAACAAACAACUAAAGCUUUAAAAGAGUUAUUCUAGAGUCAAAGUAUCAUAUAAUAUAUUUUAUAAUAUAAUUAUUUCCAAAAAUUAGUAUUUUGCUUAGUUUGUUCCUAGUGUAUUAUGUCCGUAACUUAAAGAUGGGUGUUGAGAAACGAGUGCUUUUACGAUACCAGGUGGGCUGUUAAGAGUAUUUUAAGAUUGACAGUUUUUGAGAAUUGAUAAAUAUAAUAAAGAUUAACCGUUUUAAUUUUA